AUGCCCCCAACACUCCCCCUCUACCCACCCCCAGACCUAACUACCAUCCUCCAGCACCUCACCUACAUAACCCGCACCCGCCUCGAAACGGUCUACGACGCCCUCACCCUCUUCGUCCAAACACUCCACCGCAGAGGAGACCUCAUCUUCACCGACACCAACCUCACAGCCGAACUGGACGACUUUGCCAGUGCUGUGGGCGGGCGCAGAGCAGAGGCUGUGUUUCUGGGUUGGGUUUGGGGGGAUGCUAACCCCAUCCAAGACAAUACCGCAGGGAGCAAGCAACGGAAGAGUGAAAGAAAGGAGGAACGAGAGAAGUACGAGACUCAUCUCCGCCGCCUGAGAACGCUGCAAAGCCUGGGACAGAGCUUGGUCUGCUGGGAAAAGAUUGGGCUGGGCCUGGUCGAGCUGAUGGAGGAGGCUGAGACUUGGGAGAAAGACGAGGAGGAGAGAGGUGGUCAAGGAUGGAGCAGGGAAGAGAUCACGCAAGGGGUGUGGAAGGUGGUGGAGGGCUGGAGGGAGGGGUUGCCUGCCGGUGGGAUGUGA